AUGUCUGCGCUACCGUCUCCCGCCUUCCAAUGGCUUCGACAUCUCUCUCGGAUGGAUGAUGCCCUGGCGCAUUUAUUGGCUUUCCCCGGGUCCCACCUCCCUUCUUCUACCGAAUAUGGUCUAGAUUUGCCGCCCCAUGAGGAGCAAGUUGAAUCUCUUCGCACUGCCGACGAUCUUUUCGGUGAACUUUCGAGGGACAGUGCUCCAUAUUCUCUAUCAACCGGCGAAGCAGCGCAUCCCCCAAUCCACGAUCAUUCCCGGCUCUUAGCAAAGUGCAAUGCCAUCCCCACGCACCGGCGUUCCGGGAUGACGGCAGUUGACUUGGGAGAACAUCUUCUCAACCAAGAAUUACAAUCUCGUCUGGUUGACCUUUUAGGCCUAGACGAACUCGAAUUUGUCAUGGACCUGAUGGUUCACCGCACGGAACUUGCCCCUUUCGGUCUUCCUUCUCCUUCCCAAAAGCCCCUAUCUGCGCCAGACUCCGCUCUUCGGCUCCUAACACGCGAGGAGCGUAACCAAGCACUCAGGCAAUCAGAACUAGAGCAUAAAUCUCUCCCUUUGGGCCCUAAGCUUUCCCAACCCGUGGAAAACUAUCCUCAUGUGUAUCGUGCUCAUGAUGCAGGCAACACCUUAAGUUCCUGGGGCAAAAAGUAUUCAUUGCCCGUAGGAUCUCAAACUACUGAUCACAAGGAGUACGAAGAAAUUUCGAUACCCGCAACAAAGGUCGGCACAGUUCGUGCCGGAGAGAAGCUCGUUCAAAUCGAGGAUAUGGACAUCCUGUGUCGUAAUACAUUCCGUAACUACAAGUCCUUAAACCGGAUGCAGUCCCUUGUCUACCCCGUCGCUUAUCAAAAAAAUGAAAACAUGUUGAUAUGUGCACCUACGGGAGCUGGCAAAACCGACGCUGCUCUGCUUACCAUCUUGCAUACCAUUAGUAUGGAUUGUACCCCCUCACCAGGUGUCACUUCAGGUGACGCCCCGAUAUACUGCGAUAAAGACCAAUUCAAGAUCGUUUAUGUUGCUCCCAUGAAGGCCCUGGCCGCCGAGAUAGUGGAGAAACUAGGCAAACGUCUUCGUUGGCUAGGUAUCGAAGUUCGUGAAUUGACAGGCGAUAUGCAUUUGACAAAAGCUGAAAUCGUUCGCACACAAAUUAUCGUCACUACACCAGAAAAAUGGGACGUUGUCACUCGGAAGUCAACAGGGGAUACUGAAUUGAGUCUGGUCGCAAGGACCCAGCGCCAAGUUGAAUCAACCCAAUCAAUGAUCCGGAUUGUUGGGCUAUCAGCCACACUUCCCAACUUCGUUGAUGUUGCGUUGUUUCUGAAAGUAAACCUUAACCAAGGGCUGUUUUAUUUUGACGCCUCAUUUCGCCCAGUUCCCCUCGAACAACACUUCCUGGGUGUAAAAGGAAAACCCGGAACAAAGCUUUCUAACGAGAACCUUGAUAAGACUUCUUUUGAAAAAGUGAAAGAAAUGCUUCAACGCAAUCACCAAGUCAUGGUAUUCGUUCAUUCUCGUAAAGAUACAUUGAAAACUGCUAGACUUUUCUACCAGAUGGCAGUGGAUGAGAUGUGCCUUGAGCUCUUUGACAAUACCGGACAUGAUCAAUAUAAUCAAGCGUGUAAGGAGAUUGCACGAUCCAAAGGAAGAGAAUUACGGGAGCUUUUUAAGAAGGGAUUCGGUAUCCAUCAUGCCGGGAUGCCAAGAUCAGACAGGAACCUCAUGGAGAAGAUGUUUGGGGAUGGUUUGAUUAAGGUUCUCUGCUGCACUGCAACACUUGCAUGGGGUGUUAAUCUGCCUGCGGCAGCGGUCAUAAUAAAAGGUACCCAGGUCUAUAAUGCACAGAAGGGCCAGUUCAUGGAUCUUGGUAUCCUCGAUGUUCUUCAGAUAUUUGGAAGAGCGGGAAGACCUCAAUUCCAGCAGUACGGAAUUGGUUUCAUUUGCACUUCGCAUGACAAACUAGCCCAUUAUCUCUCUGCUGUUACCCAACAGCAUCCUAUCGAAUCAAGAUUUACAGAAAGGAUUGUAGACAAUCUAAAUGCAGAGGUUGCAUUGGGAACCGUCACUUCAAUUGAAGAAGGAAUUCAAUGGCUGGGCUACUCGUACAUGUUCGUCAGGUGGAAGAAAAACCCUUUAGUAUAUGGAAUUGGGUGGCAGGAGCUAUCAGACGAUCCUCACCUCUACUCUCAGCGAAAGCAAUUGAUCGUCAAGGCAGCCCGGCGCCUCCAGCAAACGCAGAUGAUUAUUUUUGACGAGAAAACACAGAGUUUAACCCCAAAGAACAUUGGGCGAAUUGCGAGCGACUUCUACAUCUUGAACAAUAGUGUUGAGAUAUUCAAUAACAUGAUGAAAUCUCAGGCCACAGAAGCUGACAUACUUACCAUGCUCAGCCUUAGCGGAGAAUUUGACAACAUACAGUCGAGAGAUACGGAAAGUCAAGAACUAGAAAACCUCCGUAAAACUGUGUGCCCCUGCCAGGUUGGCGGUGCCAAAGGCAGCCCGCAUGCCAAAGUCAAUAUCCUGCUACAGUCUUACAUAUCCAAAGCCAAUCUAGAUGACUUCGCUUUAGUAUCUGAUUCUGCAUAUGUUGCUCAAAACUCGGCCAGGAUCUGUCGUGCACUCUUUCACAUUGCACUCAACCGACGCUGGGGAAAUUUGUGCCAAAUUCUGCUUUCCAUUUGUAAAUCGAUAGAGAAGAAGAUAUGGUCAUAUCAGCACCCACUCGCACAGUUCAGACUCCCACCUCAUAUUGUUCAAAAGCUUGAAGAGCUGGAAUCAACAGGUUCAAUUGAGGUCCUUCGAGAUAUGGAUCCAGCAGAGGCAAGCUUAAGUACGCAGAUUGGUGAUCUUGUCCAUAACCAAAAGAUGGGACCUCAAAUAUCUUCGCUACUAGCUAUCUUUCCUACUCUUAGUGUAGACACUGAAAUUGCUCCGUUGAAUCGCGACGUUCUACGGAUACAUCUUUAUAUUACUCCAGAUUUUCGAUGGGAUGAUAGGAUACACGGAAACUCGGAGAGCUAUUGGAUUUGGGCUGAAAAUUCCGAAACAUUUGAAAUAUAUCACUCUGAAUUCUUUAUUCUCAACCGCAGGAAGUUACAUGAUGACCAUGAGCUGAAUUUCACUAUUCCAUUGUCGGACCCGCUGCCGCCCCAAAUAUAUAUUAGGGUGGUUUCGGACCGCUGGCUGGGUGCCGAAACAGUAACCCCAAUAUCUUUUCAGCAUCUUAUCAGGCCUGAUACCGAAGCAAUAUAUACACCACUACUCAACCUUCAGCCAUUACCUAUUACCGCUUUGAGGGAUGAACGUCUAGAAACAAUAUACGGCAAGAAAUUUCAAUAUUUCAACCCAAUGCAGACCCAAAUAUUUCAUUGCCUCUACCACACCCCUUCGAACGUAUUACUCGGUUCUCCCACUGGCAGCGGCAAGACUAUCGCUUGUGAGCUAGCGAUGUGGUGGGCAUUCCGUGAAAACCCUGGCUCAAAAGUAGUCUACAUAGCACCAAUGAAAGCGCUUGUCCGCGAGCGCGUUAAAGAUUGGAACGCAAGGUUGACAGCUCCCAUGAGUUUGAAACUUGUGGAACUCACUGGGGACAAUACGCCAGAUACAAGAACCAUUCAUGAUGCUGAUAUAAUCAUCACAACUCCUGAAAAAUGGGAUGGUAUAUCUAGAAGCUGGCAAACAAGAAACUAUGUCCGGCAGGUAUCUCUUGUAAUUAUUGAUGAAAUACAUCUUUUAGGCGGUGACCGAGGCCCAAUUCUCGAGAUUAUUGUUUCAAGAAUGAAUUACAUUGCCUCGCAGACGGAUCGCCCAGUUCGUAUAAUGGGGCUGUCAACUGCCUGUGCAAACGCUUCUGACCUCUCAAAUUGGCUUGGGGUCAAAGAUGGCCUCUAUAACUUCAGACACUCCGUUCGUCCAGUGCCUCUGGAAAUCUAUAUCGACGGCUUCCCGGAACGGCGUGGCUUUUGCCCCUUGAUGCAGUCAAUGAAUAGGCCAGCUUUUCUCGCAAUCAAGACCCACUCACCGAGAAAGCCAGUUAUAAUAUUUGUGGCAUCGCGCAGGCAGACCCGGCUUACAGCCAAAGACAUAAUCGCAUUCUGUGGUCUUGAGGAUAAUCCAAGGCAGUUUCUGCACAUCUCGGAAGAGGAUCUGCGGGGCCUUUUGUCACAGGUAAAAGAUCAAAGUCUAAGGGAAGCGUUACAGUUUGGUAUUGGGCUCCAUCAUGCUGGUCUGAUUGAGAGCGAUAGGCAACUCGUUGAAGAGUUAUUCACCUAUAAUAGAAUACAAGUUCUGGUUGCUACAAGCACACUUGCCUGGGGGGUCAACCUCCCCGCUCAUCUAGUUAUUGUCAAAGGGACACAAUUUUUUGACGCCAAAACUGAAGGAUAUAAGGACAUGGAUUUGACUGAUGUUCUUCAAAUGCUAGGGAGAGCAGGGCGUCCACAGUUUGACACAUCUGGAAUUGCCCGAAUAUUCACACAAGAUGCCAAAAAAUCCUUCUAUAAGUACUUUCUCCAUACGGGCUUUCCAGUAGAGUCCUCACUACACAAGGUAGUUGAUGACCACCUUGGGGCCGAAGUAUCCUCAGGAACAAUUUCGAAAAAACAAGACGCCCUAGAUUACCUCACAUGGACUUUUUUCUUCAGAAGACUACACAAGAACCCAACGUACUACGGGCUUGAAAUCCCUCCAGAGGAGCAGGACUCCUUAUCAGCCAUGGAAGAGGCAAAUCGUUACUUGGUGGAAAUGGUCGACAAUUCUGUGAAAGAGUUGAGUAAAUCUGAAUGUGUAAUAGCAUAUCCAAACGGAGAUCUCGAGUCAACCCCGCUGGGGAAGAUCGCAAGCUAUUACUAUCUUUCCCACAAAACUAUUAGAAAUCUCGUCCGCCACGCAAAGCGGCAAGCCACACUCGAGGAUUGCCUAGGGUGGGUGUGCACCGCUACCGAAUACGAUGAACUUCCGGUUAGGCAUAAUGAGGAUUUGAUUAAUGUAGAGCUCUCAAAAGCCCUCCCCUUCAGGGCAGAGAAACUCGGACUCCCUAUGUGGGACCCUCACAUUAAAGCCUUCCUCUUGGUUCAGGCCUUCAUUUCGCGUAUAGAACUUCCGAUAUCGGAUUACAUUACCGACCAAAACUCCCCGUUUGUCUUUAUGGCUAAUCUUAAACAGGCUUCCAUCGAUGUCCUUGCCGAACUCGGCUACCUCUCAACUACAAGCGCCAUGAUAACCCUAAUGCAAAGCAUAAAACAGGCCCGCUGGCCGGGCGAUGGUGCCCUGUCAUUCCUCCCAGGCAUAGAACCCAGCAUCGAAAAGUCACUUCGCGAAAACGACACCGUCGCACCGCUACUCCCCAAGGAUUUGGCAAGCCUAUCGCAACUGCCAGCCAAAGACCUUCGCAAACUCGCUGACCGGGCAGGAAUCCCGCAGGCCGGGCGACAGUUCCUUCUUGCAGCCUCUUCAAUCCCGCAAAUCUCCAUUUCCGCAACUACCGCUACCACCUCCACCCUUUCCGCCACCCUGACCCGACAGAACGCACCCCAAUCCCGAGACUUCCGCAUCUACGCUCCGAAAUUUCCAAAGCCGCAAACGGAAGGGUGGUUUGUGCUACUGGGUGAUUUUCGGAAGGAUGAAUUGCAUGCUCUCAAGAGAGUUGGAUGGUUGACUCGCGGCGGAGCCGGAGGGGGGAAGCCAAGUGUCAAGUUCUCGCUUGGGUUGCCCGAGGGGUGCGUGCUAGAGGGGCUUGAUGGUACAUUGGUUGUGAUGUCCGAUGGGUAUUUGGGGCUUAUGCAGAGGACGGGGGUUCACUUGCAGACUAAGCAGGUUGUACCUGGGACUUGGAUUGAGAAGGAGGGGGGGGAUGGGUGAGGUCGGGUGGGUGGUGAAUUGGCUUGGUUAAUGCAGUUGAAAAAUGUUAGGCUAUGAUAUAAGUUAGGCUCAUGGAAAUGGUGUUGUGCGAAACAUAUAAGUUUUAUUA